ACCCAUCGAUGUUAAUUGUUCUUCGUGAUCUUCACAAGACCCACGCAUAGAUAUUUUUCUAGGAAAUCCAUUUCCCUGUCCUGGGUUGUUCAAAUUAGAACAUAAAUAUCCCUUGUGUAUAGUUUUCAAUUCCACUCGUAAACGCUGUAAAACAUUGCUUCCUGAGAGGGUUUUUGCAUCUGGCAACUCGUGUUCCUAACUCAACUAACGCAUGCUCCGCUUGUUCUAUUGUGCAGGAGUGGAUGAGACCACCACCGAAACAAACACCAGCGGAGGAAAUGGGGUAUAACAUCCACGUCCAUAAGCUAAUUUCGCCGACCCAUUACAACCUAGACCGCCAGGAUGUGCUGCGUAACAAUUACGUCACGAUGUUGCGAGAUGGGGUCAACUCAGACAUCACGCUGAGAUCCAAACGAGGCUCCGUGAGAGCCCAUCGCAGCGUGCUAGCAGAAGCGUCGCCCGUGUUCGAGGCCAUGUUCAAGCACGACAUGCAGGAGCGACGCUCCUCUUCGGUGAGGUUGCCUGACAUGACCAUCGGAGGUCUCCGAAUUUUCCUGACGUUGCUGUAUGUUACCUCAGGAUCUCACGCUCCGGCGAUUGAUAACUUGGCGAACCUGUUCGAGGAUGCGAUUCUGACGCAUUUUGAUGAGCUUGCCGAUGCUUGUAUGAAGUAUCAGGUGACCAGGGUUAUGAAUGUCUUGCAGCUAAAGUUGCGUAGGAAGUUGACCCCUGCAAAUUGCUGGACGUAUAUUCACAAGUUUUUAGCAGAUUCUGAAACGGUUACUUCAAAGAUUUCGUACAAAUCGUGUAUCUCGUUCGCUGUGAAGCAUGUAGUGCAGCUCAUUGACUCGGAUAACUUCCUGGAGGAGAUGAGCAAAAACCCAAAGAUUGUGCAUGAGAUUUUGAUGCACGUGUUCAAAUUGUGACUUGUGUCCACAUGCAAAACCCAUUGUUAAUGUUGACGACCCAUUCUUGGAA